AUGCUCUCGGUACAAGUGCCGGGGUGCGCGGGAAUGGAGCGGCUGGGCGCGCCGGGGGGACCGCGCCUGCGGCACGACCACAGGCACCACCAUUCCUCGUUGGAAUGGGAAAAACAACAGAGAUUGCAGGCGAUGGUCGGUCGCCUGCAGGAAAUGGUGGAGCAGGAGACGCGCGCGCGGUCCGCUGCAGCCGCGGAGCGCCUCGGCCUACCGCCCAGCAUACAGCUCCCCGACGGCGAGUACGGGCAGGACGCACACUUACAAUUACGAGUCCCUUAUCAGCAAGCCGAGCUGACGAGAAGCAGUUUUCAACCUCCACCGAACAAGUGCGUGAGCGACGUUCCCGAGUGGGCGGGCACGGCGGACGCGCCGCCGGGCCGGCGCGGGCCGGGGGGCGGCGGAGGCAAGAAAGACGGCCUGCUGCAGAAGGCGACGCGCUGGUGGGUGCGCAUGGGCGCGCGGCCGCCGCCCACCUUCCUGCCCGCCAGCUCGCCGCCGCCCUGCGUGAUGGUUCCGCGCCGCGCCGCGCCCUCCCCGCCGCCCGACGCGUGACGCCAUCGCGUCUCCGCACCUCUCUAUCAUAUCACGCUUACAUUCCAUUAUCGGGACGAUCAGACUCGUCGGAGUGCACGCGCGUCCCGGAGUAUUAUAGACUUGAUAAUUUAUUUAUUUGGGACUCGCGCCCGCCCGGCCGGGCCGCGGAGCGCGUCCGCGUGCUUUGUGAUAUGUGCGACAGGGUCGUGUUGUGACAGUGCGGACCGAACGGAGCGGGGCGGGCCUAGCGACCGCCGCCGCGAGCGUAACUAGUCUUGAUACUUUAAUCGGUUUAGACAUAGAGGUAAUUGUUUCUAUUGAAAUUUAUGAAACUAAACGAGGUUGCACUGCCCGCUAUUCGUGUUAUAGGUGUGUAUGGCGUUGCAUUGAGUGUGCAUCUGUGUUCCUCGCACUGUCUUUGAGUUUUAAAACUAAGACUGAAAUAAAUAAAAAAGAUAACACUUUAAAGUUUACAUUGAAUAUGUUGUCUUAGAUAAAAUUAAUUCAAAUAGAAACAAUUAAAAUAUUUAAAGAAUCUUUCGAUUGUAACCUUCGAUGAUAUUGUAUAUUAUGAAAAAGGUCAGGCAAUAGUAUGCUAUUAAUGUCUUGCAAUGUACAGUUCAUGUUUAAGUAACCUAUUUUAAAGUUUAAUUUCUAUCCAGCAGCUAAACUGUGUUUAAACAACUUUUAUAUUUAUUUAAAUAUAAUAUUGUAUAAAAUAAUGCAUAUCAGUACAGUAAUCACAAGGAAUAUUAAUUUACAAAGCAUAGUUACUAUUUUAUUGUAAAUAUUGUCUCUAAUUUAAUGUUAGAUUAUGCAAUGACCUAAUGUCAUAUAUGAAGGUCGUUUUGAUUGAGUGUUUACUACAUUCCAUAUUUAUGUUGAAAUAUUUUCAAAUAAUUGCUGGCUUAUCUGCUGACCACUCGUAAACUGAAAAUAAAUUUCGCCGUCUCGGUCUUUACUACUUGUCAUAAAAUCUAUCAUGCUGACAAUAAUUAAAUAGUUAGUAUUUUUUCAGUGCAGAUAAAUCUCUAGAGAAUAGUCAUUAUUUAAACAUCGGUUGAAUUAGUUUUAAAUUAAAUAUGUAUUUAUUAAAUAUAUCAUAAGGUCAGGUAUUAGAGACCUGCUGUGCGCAGGCUCAAUAUAUUUUGAGAUAACAUAUAAUUGUAUUCCUAUAAUAAAUUAUUUGAACUUCCCACUGUAGUCAUCUAAAAACGUGAUAUAGCCAAAAUUUGUUAAAUUACUCGCAUAUUUUCUGCUAUAGGCCUGUAAAUUAGUCCAUAAAUUAUAAAAACUUAUAAGCAUAGCUAGAUAAUAGUAAUUGGCCUGUAUCUCGAAAAUUUCUGGUGCUUAAUGAAAUAUAAAUUGUAAUUGUGAAUUUGCUUUAUUUCUGUUAAAGUAACAUUUUAACCUACUUUUAGCAUUAAAUAUAGUCCCUGUUUCAAUUUAUAUAUGUUUCUUAAAAUAAUUAUAAUAUACUCCAACAUUAUAAAUCAACCACAAAUGCCUAUUUAAGUGUAUAAAUUUUAAACAAUCAUUUAAUAUUUUUAAUUAGAUUUAAUGGUUACAAUAUGUGAAUUGUUACCUGUAUUCCAUUGACCGAUAUACUAAUACACAGAACACAAGUAAAGAAAUGUCUAGGCUUGCUAAAAAGCAAUACAUAAUGUUGAUUAAUAGAUAUACCUAGACAGAGUAUUUCGACUUAGUUUAAAUUCCUCACAUAUAACCACACUAUAUAUACUUAUUUUUUCAAUUAUAUUUCCUAAAAUAAAGUAUACAGCUA